AUGUCAGGUCUCAGCAGAUUUCUCCCACCUCUUGAUGACGGUUUACUACCUCUCUGGCUUCUUUUUAUAUCCCUAGUGUCUAUUUUCAAUUCAAUUCAAGCUUACUGCACAUUAACCUACACUGCACGUGUUUAUUGUGGCAGAUCUAAUUUUUCCGCCAUUCCAGCCGCUUCAAUUUCGCCUGUAACACACCUCUCUGCACGCACAUUCGGAACCUGGACUCUAAUUCAAUCGCUUGUGCGCUUCUAUGCCGCGUACCACAUUACCGAGCGUGCCUUUUACCAAUUAGCUUUUUGGACAUUUGCAGUUGCCUUCGGGCAUUUUGUCAGUGAGUGGCUUAUUUUUAGAACUACACGAUGGGGAACUGGGCUAGCGGGACCAGUUCUUGUGAGUACGGGGACUCUAGUUUGGAUGUUGCUGCAGUGGGAUUAUUACAUCAAUUAG